AGGUCGAUAUCGACUCCUACAUAGUCAUGUGACCUGUGGUGACCAUUGCGGCUUGAAGUGAACAAGGUGUGUUUUAUCUCAACUGCGUGUGUUCAUUUAAACCGUUGCUAAUGGUCAUAAUGCGACGCUAGCUUAUCAUUGGUCUACAUUUCUUUUGUGUGCCAGUUUGGCUAGUGUUAAAGGAAAUUAUCGCGUGGGAAUUUAACAACCUGCGACCUUCAACUUCAGGUCAACGUUAUCUGCCAAGUUGGAUUUGAAAAAAACUAUAAUUUUGCUACUGACCCACCCUUGAACUUUAUAAUUUUCUAGAACACUUCACAUUACUCUAUACUUCUAUUAGUACUAGCCACUAAUCAACAAAGCGUCUUUACCAGUCUUUAGUUGCUGUGAACGUGAUAUUUUAAUAAAAUGAUGUUCAGGUGUUAGCAAAGAUAAUAUAGUUAAUUCAUUUGUCAAAAUCGUUUCACUUUCAAACACGUAUUGUGGCCAGGUUACCUUACACUUAAGUUUCCGAGCAAAAUAUUUUAAAUGACAAUGAAAUUUACUCACAAAAAUUUAAACAUAAAAUAUUAGUUAAAGUUACAUGAAAGGAUUUCAAAAUUGUUAAUGUAUUUCCAUCGGUGAUUUUAAUCCUCUAUUGGCCACUGCUAUUAUUUUAUAUUAUUUUAGUCAGAUAAAUCAUUUUAAACAUAACACUGCCAUGGAUUAUUUUUGCUGUUUUCUUUAAAACAAGGAUGAACAUUAUCCAGGAUCCCUGAAUAUUCAAUUUGUGGAUUAAAAACUGAACACAAACUACAAAACUAAGUUUGACGUUGGAUAUAUUUUUUUUUUACUGUGUGAACUUCUUUGAUUUUGUGAACAAUGUGCAGCAUGUCCAUCGUCCAGCUGAUUUUCUCCAUGGUCAUCGUGGUGUGGCGUGUCCAUGGAAUAGAUGAGUCGAGUUUUGAGGAUACCUUAGGUAAGUCUCUCGACUUUUCAAAUCUCAAGGCGAAACUGCUAUACAUUUUAUUAACCUUUUAGAGUUUCCAGACAACUUUUCUCUCCAUAUAUUUAUUUCAUUCCCAUGCUAUUGAUUGCAGCCUGGGUUAGUUUCACAUGUUGCCCUAUAUGCCUUCCAGCAAAAUAAUGCUUCUAUUUUUAUACCAUCAAAUUCACUGCGAUAAAAUCAACUCUAUUUAUAACAGUAACAUUCUUACGUUAAUCAGUCAUGCGCAAAGGACGGCGUGGAUGCCAGCGGGUCUCUGAUCGUAAAGUUCAAGAGAAAGUAAAUGAAGAUUUUAUUAACAAAUAUGUGAUUCGCUAAUGCAUUAUAGGGUCUCAAAAUAUGAUUAAGAUUUUUUUUUUUAAAUUAAUGAUUUGCUAAAAUCGACUAUUACGGAUGCAUCAUUUUGUACCAGGAUGUCGUAAAGGUGACAUCAUAAAAAUGUAAUGAAAAAGAUUUUGUCAAACUAUCGCUGUAAUACUUAAGGUUAGCUUGAUGAAGAAUUAGUUGUUUUACAAUUCAUAAAUUCGACUUAUUUGAGCAAUAGUGACGGGUAUUAUUACUAAUUCUAUUUAACAUAUCCAAUUAGGCAUUUUGACUGAACAUGUUUGUCUUAGUUUUAUCAGGCCGUUGUUAUUUUUAAACACGAAAACAACGCUUAAAAAAAAAAUCGUAUCCUUUCUUUGUAAGCAUUGUAGGCAUCUCGACGAUUUCCGUUCAUUGAGUAAUUCUCUUUCUUUUGUUAAAAAUGAAAACGAGGGGGUGGGGGUGGGGGGUGGAGCUAUGAAAAUUACUAAAAAUCGUCUCACUAUCCCUUCAGCAUAUUAAAUUUUUCAAAUAAUUGGAAAAUCUAAUAUUGGAUUCUGUUUCUGUUCCCAAUCCCAGAGGGUCUUCGCACCCUGUCACCGAUUAUUACUUUCAUUUCAAUGGCAGUGACCUCUCUUCCACUUUCCUAGUGAUUUCCCUUUCUAUUGUCAGGUUGUUAUUUUUUUUUUUUUUUUUUAAUUGGAAAUCAGUAAGCGUCACUCAUUGGAUCCCUUCAUAUUCCAAUAUCCUAGGUCCUCCCGUGCCACACCCUCCAGUUAUAUCAUUUUCUCACGGGGUUUACUGGAUGUUAUGUGGAAUACUAAACACGAAAUGAGAUGAGAGUGAAUCACUACAGAAACAAAGAGGAAAAAAUGCGAGCCUUGAGGGGGGAGGGGGGAGGAAGAGAGAGAGAGAGAGAGGGGUGGAAAAGGGGAGGGGGGUGUUUACUGUACAAUUUUUGGCAAUAGAAAAAGUAUCCUUUUAUGUAUCAGUGACUGCCUGUUUUGAUCGUUACCAUUAAAAUGAUUUUUUUUUCUUCCCUUGAAUGUCAUAAACUUCUCUGAAAUGAAAAUACGAGAAGGUCCGGUCAAUGCAAACGAAUUGUUAGCGUAGUUACUUAACAAACUUGGCAGAUUAUCAGUAGAGUUAACGACGUUGUCCACUUCUCCCCAUGAGUCCAGCAUCUUGCUGGUCAUGGGGGAACAUCCAGCUUCAAGGAAAACUAACUGUUGGUUGCGACAGUCAUCUGUGCAUUGGCCAGUCGGUGGGUCAAACUAAGAGUCGGCUGUUUUAAUUUAGGGGCUGCGCAAUUCAUGAUUUAAUCUACUAUAGGCAGUGGAAUUUUAAAUGUAAUUUAACCGGGCAUGUUAGCGUAGCUUUAAAGGUAAUUAUUUUAUCUGGUCAUGUCGAUCUUUAUUGGAAUAAUGAGACACAUUAAAUUGUAAAUAAAACAACUUGUGUCACAGCUAUAAUUAUCAUUAAACAAAAUACAAAUUUAAACUGUGUGGCUAAUCAGUAAAACACCCUCCCCCCUAAAAAAAUAAUAAUAUAAUAAUAAAUUAAAUUAAUAUAAAGUAUGUUUAUCCUACCUAUACAUAAAUACAUAAAGAUGAAAGAAAAGUCCCUAACGAAAACAGAUAUCAGACGAUCGGAAAAAAGUGGGCGGGAGUACAAUAUAAAAACCUAACAGGAAAAAGACAUGGCAGCUAUGUAAAAUAGUGAAUUAGUUUUAAUACCUUAUGUAGUCAACGUAACAAAUAUUUAAAAAAAAUUAAUUUGUUUUCCAUAUAAUUUUCUAACACGUGUGUUACUUGCAUGCAGUAUACCAGUUACUGCAAUUUCCAAUAUUCCAUUGUGGUUAGCACUAUUGAAAUUGUUAGAAGCGGGACAAAGGGCUUUUUAAAUGUAUGUUUAUUAUGUUUAUGUGUCAAUUCCGAUCUAAAGUACGACAUUUUUGUGUUUCCAGCUUGCAACUUUAGAUAUACCGUUAGGAAUUGAUUGAACACUGUUUUUGAACAUAUAAUAGUUUGGGAGGGUGUUUUUUUUAAUUCAGAUUCCGGCCGAUAUUUUGGUCAGACAGAUAAGGCACUUUAAAUUAAAUGUUAUGAGUACACUGUUGUGAAGCGAGUUUUGGAGAAAGAUGGAGGGGGGCGUUACAUACGGCAAUAAUUUUGUAUCGCCCCAUUUCAUUGAACUGUGUGUACAGACGCCCUUAAACAGCAAAUGUAUAGACUCCUUAGACAGCCAAUUUACAGACGCCCUUAAACAGCCAAUGUACAGACGCCCUUAAACAGCCAAUUUACAGACACCCUUAAACAGCCAAUGCACAGACGCCCUUAAACAGCCAAUGCACAGACGCCCUUAAACAGCCAAUUUACAGACACCCUUAAACAGCCAAUGCACAGACGCCCUUAAACAGCCAAUGCACAGACGCCCUUACACAGCCAAUGUACAGACGCCCUAGACAGCCAAUGCACGGACGCCCUUACACAGCCAAUGUACAGACGCCCUAGACAGCCAAUGUACAGACGCCCUUAGACAGGUAAUGUACAGUCGCCCUUAAAUAGCCAAUGUACAGACGCCCUAAGACAGCGACUGUACAGACGCCCUUAAUCAGCCAAUUUACAGACGCCCUUAAUCAGCCAAUGUACAGACCCCCUUAGACAGCGAAUGUACAGAAGGCCCAUAGGCAGCCAAUGUACCGACGCCCUUAGACCCGUGUUCUAAUAGACUGGCCUGGGCCGGUCGUGAAAUUCUUUAUUUCCCCUCCCCACCACUCUUACCAAAAACAACAACAAAAAACGCCGGCCCUCGGUCGUGGUGGGGUGAGGUCCUGACAUCGCCACCUUAGUUACACUACUCUAAACACAGAAAAAUGGAGAGAAAAAACACACAUUGAUUUUAUGCUUGUUCCAAACGAAAGCUUCGUUACUUCAAUUUGUGCGGUAGAAUUGAUUCAUCUAGAUUAGGCACGCGCGUGUCUUCCAUAUAUCGCAUUCUUCUUGUCCCCCCUUAACGCUUCUAGGGGGCGCAAUAGCACUUGAUCGGUUAUUUAGGGGUGGCUGGAUGCUAGUAAUGAUCUCAUUAGUCAGUUUACCGGUGGGGCGGGACUUGUCCUAAUGUUGACUAUCGGCGUGAUUAUCGUAAGAGGCUAACACAAUCACAAAGGUUUUAGCGGUGAUCAAUACAUCGAGGUGGCACAACAAUGUUGUUUUGGUGGGACGGAAGAGAUUUUCAUUUCUUAGUUCGGCAUCGCCGAGAUGAAAAACGUGACAUUGUGGUGGGUGUGGUUUGCGAAUAAAGUCUUUGUGUGUGUGCGUGUGGAAAGUGUGAUAUUUCCAACGAGAUAGAUGCACGGACGAAUGAAUUCAUUGGUUCGUUGAAUGGGCGGGAAGACUUAACGUUUGUGUGAGGAUGUUUUCAUUGGUUGAUUAAGAAACGAUAUUGCCAAAGAGAGGCUGCGACAAGACUAAAAUGAGGCGAAUUAGUGAAUUGAAUUAGCUAUACACCCCUCUUCCUCCUCCCCUUCCUCCUCGUAUUUUGGCACCUUUUCCAAUGAGGUACGAAAAAACCACACAUUUGUGAGCAAGUUAAGUUUAAGGUUAAAGUCAGUCAAGGAUUUAGUUAAGAGAGAUCGGGAAUCGGGGGAUUUGGGAAUGGUGGUUGGGGGUGGGGUAAAAAUAACAGGCGUCCAUGCAAUUUUGAAAGUAACGUUUCAGAUAAAAAUAACGAGACUAUUUUUUUGCACCCAAACAAUUUAAAAAAAAAAACACAUGAUUCGCCACUGCAGAAGUGAAUAAAUAGUUUGUAGCAUAGAUCAGGGGUAUUAAUGUAUAGACUAUAAACUCUGCUGAACAUUUGAUUGAUUUGAGAGGAUGCAAUUAUUUGGAGUUUUUAAAACCUGUAGCAGAAUUGUGGAGAUGGGGGCUCGAUCUUAUUCAACAGAAUCGAAGUGUGUAAAAUAAGGAAGCAGUGGAUAGUGUAUUUUUUAAAGCUGUAUGAUUGGACUAAAUUUUUAAAAGCUGUAUGAUUGGACUACAUUUUUAAAAGCUGUAUGAUUGAACCACAUACAGUCACGAACAUUGAGUCAACGCUUAGGCUGUCAUCCCCAAUAAUCAAAUCUGUCACAACCAAUAAUCAUAUUUUUUAAUCAUGAAUGUCCAUAUUCAUAUUAUACAUUUUAAUAAAUAAUCAUAUGUGUCGUCAUAUAAAAAACAUGUCUGUCAUCAUCAAUGAUCAUAUCUGUCAUCACCAAUAACCACAUUUGUUAUCACCAAAAGCCAUUGCUGUCAUCACCAAUAAUCAUGUAUGUCAUCCCAAAAAUGUUCAUGUGUGUCGCCAGUAAUCUUAUGCCAUCACCAAUGAUUAUGUCUGUCAUCAAAAAUAAUCAUAUCUCACCAAUAACCAUUUAUCAUCACCAAUGAUCAUGUCUGUCAUCAGAAAUAAUCAUAUUUCUCAAUUUUUUAAAUUAAACUUUUUGUCUUGAAAUAAUCCUUUACCAUUUUUAAUGGAUCAAAUAUAUGAGGUAUUGAUAAAGUUGGCUAUGACAAUAAGUGAUUUCAGUUUUGAAAGAGAGAAAGAAAAUCAUUGAAUUUCUAAAAAUUAUAUAAACUUAACUAACAAAAAAAAUUCUAUCGUAGUUAGAUUUAUUGGAAAUAAACUUUAAAAAAAAAAAGCUCUGAAAGUUGAAUUUCCAUUAUCCAUAUAUUCUAGCUAGACAAGAAUACCCAUAUAAACCAACAGGUGAACAGAUCUAUACAAAUUAUAGUCAAGAAAUGACAGCAUUAAUUUUUGCACAGGGGUUUGAGAGUUUACAAUAAAAUGACGAAAUUUUAAAUGUAAAUGAACGUUAUCACGUGACGAUCAACCUGACAUUAAAAUCAAAACCGUAUAUGACAGGGCCUUAUUUAAAAAAAAAAAAAUUGGUUUUAAGAAGCUGAUAAAAUAUAUUGCAGAGAAAUGCAAACCAAGUCAAGUUCACAUCUCAUACGGUCGUCUGACCACUGAGAUGGUCAUCAUGUGGUCAACAGCUGGCCAGUGCUCAACUGCAGUCAAAUAUGGAGUUGACCCGUGGAAGCUUGACCAGUUGGCCUCGGGAGAGAGCCUCAUGUUCAACGACAAUACGGUCGGACUCAAAGUCUUGCACAGAGUCGAACUCAGGGUAGGUAACUCUUUAAAAUGAACACGACAUCAAGGUAGUUAACUCUUUAUUAAAGAAAAAUUAAAUCAGGUGUGGUUACUCUUUUUUUGGGUAUACAAAACUUAGUGGCAAUAGUGGGCAGUGAAAUUGAAGAAUGGUAACUCAUGAAUGAGUAGCCUCAGAUAAAAACAAUAUUGUUUGAACGGUUUCAAUAAGAUAAUCCCCACAAUUUAUUUUGUAUAGGUCUACAAGACCUAGGAAGACAUUAUUUAAUUACUCCGUAUUUUUUGUUUUUUUUUACAUUUGGUAAGAGCCUGAUGGGUUCUUAAAUUAACUAAGGUCAUUCGUGAUUUUUGAAAGACGUCAUGGCGUCCAUCCAAAAGAUCUUUUUUUUUUUUUAAAUCUUCUUUUAAAUUAAUUUUUAGCCAGAGACAGACUUGAAUUUGCCAAGUUAAUUUUCCUGAUUACUAUCAUCUAACCUUAAACAAAUAUGCUGCUUCAAACUAUGAAAUUAUUUAUCUGAAGGAAAAAAAGAGUAGGCCUAUAUUAGAACUUCUUACUUUAAAACAAAAGACAAUAAAAAAUGCCUGGUUGGACUGAACCACUCAAAAAAUCUGUCAAAGGCUCCAGUUAUUAUUAUGUUACUAUUACUAUCCAUUAAUUGUAAUUAAUGUUUUAGAUAUUUAUUACAUUAAAAGGAUAGAAAUAGUUGUUACACAACAAUACUUAAAAACCACAGAUGGCAACUCAGAGAAUGAAAUUCACUAGUCUGUAAACUUGGGGGAAAAGUGUCAUGAAACCGAAAAAAAAUAUAUUGAAGUUUUUAUUUUUUAAACGCCUUUAUCAUUUAAUUAUUUUAAAAGGAAAUGUUAAUUUCUUUUACAACAGUUUUUUUCCACAAUGCCCAUUAGGGGACAAUUUGAAGAUUUUGCGGGAAUUUAGUAUCUGAGAAAGGAAAUGUAUUUACGUUUUAAUACAUGGUUGGGGGCAAUAUAAAACAGGUCAUAUAUUUAAAGUUAAUCAAUGUUAUUGUUUGUAAUUUUUUUAAAUUGUUAAAUUCCUGAUAGAAGCCUGUACUGUAAACAUCUUUUUUUUAUAGCUCUUCGUCUUAUAGAGACAGCGACAUUAAUGCCUUAUAGGAUCUCAAGGGGGGUAUGGGACUAAAUAAGUUUGAGGACACAUUACUUUAGAAAUCACAAAAUCAAUAUAGUGUGAGUCUCUUGGUGUAAAAUAUAAUAUUUAUUUACAGGGAUGGAUACUUUAAAAAUAACAAGUCUCUUUUAUUAUUAUUAUUAAUUAUCAUUUUUUUUUUUUUUUGAAUUAAAAAACAUUUUUUUCCAAUCUGAACUGGAUCAAAUGUUUCCUUUUCCACAGUUACUGAUGCCAAAUAAGACAUAUUUUUACACCCCUGUCAGUGAUGAAAUCUCUGGUGCGACUAACUUCUUCAGGACACCAGCAAGCAAUGGGGUGAUUAUUUGUUAGAAUUGAUCAAACUGAAUGGAAGGAUGUGGUGGAGCAGGCUAGGGCCCUACAUUAGCUCUAGCACCACUGAUGAUGAUGAUGAUUUGUUAGAAUAAAUAUUAGAAUUAAUUGCCUAGUCACCACCAGCAUCAUGUUGUAAUGAAAAAUUACUCCCUAAAUACCAAUAAAAUAUUCAGAAUCUUUAUUUUUGUAUGACAAAAAAAACCAAGAUGGCUUUAAUAUCAGGAGAUGUCCUUAAAAUAUUUGAUAUAAAUAAACAGCUAGUGCUGAAACUGGAUCGAAAUUUCUUUCCAUCUCCUUGGAACAACUUCAAAUUUUUGUUUAACUUCAAACAUUCUCAGACUCCUGACGUUCAGCUGAUGAUCAUCAGUGAUGUCAACACAACAUCCACAGCCAUCCACAGACUGUUGCUAGAGGCUCAGACAGGGAAAUAUGCAGCACUGCUUCAUACAGGAAACAUUGCCAUGAACCUCAGUACUCAUGGGGGGCUGGUCAGUUGCUGGUUUUUUGUUGAUUAAUUCAUUUUCUGCUGUAUUAUUCAAAAUUGGUGGAUAAAUUCGUUUUUAGUGAAUUGGUGAGUUUUGUGUAUGGAUCAAUUCGAUUCAAAUGAAUUAAUUUGUUUCUAGUGAAUCCUUUAGUUUUUUUAGUGGAUUAGUGAGGCUUUAAUGGAUUGGUAAAUUUUGUCUGAAUUAAUGGUGCUUCCAUUUGUUUUAGAAUGGUGACAAUUACAUGAAGUUAAUGGAACCAGCCAUCUGUUCAGUACCCUACAUGGUCUCACCUGGUCCAGCUGGUAAUUUUAUUUUUUAAAUACAUGAUUUUUGAAGAUUUUAUUGUUUAUUUUAGUCAUUUAAAAAAAAAAGAGCAAUAAUAUUUUUUUUAUAUUUUGAAUUAAUUAUGUAAAAUCAUUUGAACACUUUAAAAAACUACAUAGUCAGACAACAUGUUUGGUAAGGAAGUUAUAAUUACAGAGUGGUGUCUAAUUUGCUUUUUCAGAAGUGGAAGAGCAGGAAACAUUUUCUCAGUACCUUCAUAGAUUCUCAAUGCCAGAAACAGAGUGGCCAAUUAGUGUUGACAAAAUGUGGUACAGUGUAGACAUUGGCCCUGUCCAUUUGAUCAGGUGGGUAAUGAUGGCUUAAAAAAGUUGUUCAAAGACAUCCAAAGAUGACAAGUUAAUCUGUUAUAUUGAAACACAAAAAUACAUAAUACAUGUCUACGUGAUAAACCCUACAUUGUUAUAAAAUGAAAAACAGUUUGGAGAGUUGACUAAACAAUACGUAAGGAUAUUUAUAAUUAUAUACAAAUAUUUCUAAGUUUAAUAGAUAAUUGUGUUUUAUUUUUAUAUUAUGAGGCUACUAACAAAAAUUAAAAAUUUAAUGUUUGAGAAAACGGACAUUGAAAAUAUAUAAAUGAAAACUAUCUUUUUACCUAUGACUUUCAGUCUAAUGAAUUUAAGAAACUAAAUUUUAUUUUAAAAUUCCAGUUAUUCGACAGAAGUAUUCUAUACCAAAGAUGGAAGAUAUGCAUCUAUGCAACAUGAUUGGUUGAUCAAAGAUUUGAAGCUAGCCAAUCUAAACAGAAAGAAUACUCCUUGGGUGGUAGCAUUUGGGCACAAGCCGUUGUACUGCACUUAUGAAGACCCUGAACUCUUUUGUAACAAAAAAAUUUCUAAAGUUAAGUCAGGGUAAAUAAAUUUUAUUUUUAAACAAUUGAUUAGAAUUAUAAAUUUUAAAUUAUUUGUUAUGGGCAACAAUUAUUAUUCCUGCAAUGCAAACCUUAAACACAUUAACAUAGCUUUUAACAUUUAAUAAUGAAAGCUUUUUCUGUUGACUGUUUUUGCAAGUUUAAAAAAACACACUCUUAUCUCCUUGAAACAUGGAAAAAAAAAUUUUUUUUUUAAAACGUAAAUGCUCUUUAUGUGCAUAGGUCUUUGAGGUUUAAUUGUAACUACAUUGUGCAACUUAUAGUGUUUAUGUAAUGCCAAUAUUCACAGUCUGGAGGACAUAUUUUACCACUAUGGUGUUGAUAUCAUCAUACAAUCAUAUGGUGGAGCUUAUGAACGAACAUUCCCGAUGUAUAAAGGGGUUCAAGUCAGUGAUAACUACACAGAUCCACUCGGACCAGUCCAUAUUAUUUGUGGGGGUGCCAGCCAGUUUAAUAUAGACUACAAUUUUACAGAACCAGCGCGUAAGUUAUCUUGAUACUAAAAAUAAAUCAUAUUUAAACAUGUCUCACACAGGCAAAUUAAAACUCAUAACUCUACACGUUUUAUGUUAUUUAAAAACAUAUGGAUCUUAGUUGAGGUGGCCAUUCAUUGACCUACCAAAUGUGAGUUUUUGCUUUAUUCUUGCAGAUCACACUGUAUAUAGCAAGCAUACUGCCUAUCACAUACAGAUAUGUGGGUGUUGUUGCUAUAACUUUAAUCAUGUGAUAUACAAACUGAUUUCAUCCAACACAGGAUACCUAUUUAUAUUUUCAGCUGCGUGGUCCGCUUUCCGCUUGUCCAAUGACACCAUGCUGACCUAUGGCCGUCUUAACAUUGUCAAUGGAAGUAUACUGGAUUAUGAACAAGUCAACAUUAAAGAUGGGAGUAUUGUUGACAGUCUCAGAAUUGUGCAAGGCAACCAUGGCCAAUUUUCAACUGCUAGUCUACCUCCAAAUGUGUCAGCUGAAAUUGAUAAAGAAAUUGUUGAUGCUGGGGGCAAGCCAGGUAAACAACUUUAAAAUUGGAGUUUAUAGUUUAGUGGUUUGGGUUUGUUUGUUGCUCAGAAUUUAAAUACUAAACAAAACCAGUUACACAUUUUAUUCAAAGAUUAAUUAUUGGUUACCAAAUAUUUCUUCUUUGUAAGUGAUUUAUAUUAUUAUGUUUCUAAAAGCCUAAAAAAAUACUAUAGAUGUUUAUUACUAAAUUUGAAUCACUUUUCAAAACAUUAACAACAACUGCAGCAGCAACAACAACAUAAACAGCAGCUAGAUGAAAACAAACUUAACUGUUUUCUCAUUUGUACUUUCAUUUUUAAUCUAUAGUAAUUUCUAAAAAUAUUGACUCGGUUCAAAGUCACCACAUGUUACAAGCUGUGCAAUAUUUUUUUUAAUCUCUCCUCCCUCCCCCGCUAAUCCCAGGUAUUUUAAAUAUUGAAGAGAUCAAUGUGACAACCCCAAAGUCUAAGAUUGCUGAGUUGCUUGAAGGAGACAACCGCAACCGCAUUAUCAUAGGUGCCAGCUGUGGGGGCUUUUUUCUGUUAGUCAUCAUUGCUGUCGUGGCCACAAAGAAGUGCAGGAGAAAGAGCAAGGUGGCCAGGAGGUGGGAGCAGAUGGACAUAAACUACGGGAAGAAGUUUUACAGCAAGGCCCCGGACAAAGACGAGGACAAUGACUUUGAGAUUGACAUGAGUGAUGGGACUGAACCAACACGGAAGUUGCUUAAUGCUGCUGACUGAUGGGACGGAGCAGACGUAAAGGUUGUUUAAUGACGGCAAAUGGUGAAUGUGUUUCCACAGGAGACUAUGUUUGUUUACUGAAUGCUGAGAGCAUCUUGACAGGAGUGUGCUCGAGUUUUAUUUUUUAAAGAGGACUGAGAGGAACAAUGAAUCUCUGUGAGUUCCCGACUCAGGUAUCACACUCAUCAAAACUAAGUUGAUUGAAACAGUUGAGUUUUGAAAGAUCAGCUCUAAAAAUCUUUCAAUUUAAUGCUAAUUAUGAAUGCAGACAAAAGAUGUGUUGUUGUUUUUUUACAAGAUAUUAUUGAGAAAAAGUUGUGUCCAUAUCAGCAGUUAUUUUGCAAGUUUAACAAAUGAUUCUCCAGUACUGCAUUUAUAAAUGAUAUUAAAUGAAUACAUAAUUAUAUAACAUAUGAUUGAACAUUCUGCAUGUUCCUGAAAAUAUAUUUUUUAUUUUUGAAAAUAUAUCUUCUUACAUACCCUUGGUACUCAUUCUUGAUAUGUAAGUAACAUUUCUAAUUUGUUUUAAAUCAUGGCUUAUUUUAUGCAACUGUUGUGUGUUCAUUUAUGGGUUAUGGAAAUUAAUACAAUUAUUUCUCAUCUUUAGAAACAAGGAUAAUAAAUAAUCACCUUAAUUAUUACGAUUUUUCUAUAAUCAACUGCAUAUACAAUUAUUAAAUAAAUAAAUAAAUAAGAAUUUUUAAAAAAAAAUUGUUUAUCAAAUUAAUGAGUGUAAUUAUUUAUUUGUGUAAAAUACAUAAUUAUCUCAGUUGGCAGGGCAUAAGUGCAAUUGUGUUGUAGUAUAUUGAAAGUGCGUACAUUGUUUUGUGUUUUAUUGUAAGGGUAUUCAUGAAACCAAAAUAUUUAUUUGUGUACUUCCACAAUUCUAAGCAUCAAAAUAAUUAUAAAAUAUCCUGUCUGGUGCCUUAUUCUAUACGUAACAAGAUAUGGUGCAACAACUUUUUGUAUUUUGUAGCACCAUUAUUGUCACAUCAUUUGCGAAUACAAGCUAUGUAUGAUAGGAGGGAAACAAAUUUCUAAUUCACCUCAUUUGUAUUGAUGUUCCAUUACAUGUGUAUUUAAAUAUACUUUAUAUGGUAAGAGUUUCAAUGCAUUUUUCAAAUUAAAUAAAACUAUAAUAAGAUUUUUGAAAAGAUUUCUUUCAUUAGGGUAUUAAAUUAUUUGACUUUCAGUACAACAAAAAUUAAGAGCUGAAAACUGGACAAUUUUUUUUUUAAAUUUAAAGAUAAACUGUCUUCUAAUGCAGGUUAACAAAAAAAAAAAGAAUAUCUUAAUGUCAGAUUUUUUUUUUUAUAGUCUGCACAUGAAUCUAGCAUCUGAACUAUGUGAACUAGUUGAGACGCUUAACUACAUUUCAAAUUAAUACUGAAAAUAUUUCUCAAAUUAUCCUUUAAUCUGUGUUCAUCCAUAUUUUAGCACAUUGGACAUUUUUCUCUUCCCAUUCAUCUGUGUAAAAUGGCUCACUUUUUAAUGUGUAUAUAAAAGAUUUGUGUGUUCAGUUACAUGACUAUAUUGUAAAUUCUAAGAGCCUCAAUGUCCACAGGUUUUAUAGGCCAAAAAUUUAUUUUAAAUGGAAAGCUGUAGAAUAAAGUUUUAAAACAUGUUAAAAUUUUUUUUAAAAACAGAGUGCAUUUUAACAAAAUAAUUUACAAUUAAUUCAGAUGUUGCAUUGUAAAUUUCCUUAGAAUGAGUAAAUGUCAUUUGAAUCCCAAUUUUAAUAAAUUCCCUCCAAUUUAAUAAAAAGUUUAAUGGUUUAUGUUUUUGAUUAAUUUAUGCUUUUGGCUUUGUAAAAAUGAAAUUCAAAAGCAGAAUAAAAUGUUGAGCGUUUCUAGCAAAGACUUUUGCCUCUGCUAAUGUAUUUCCUUUGUUCAUUAAAAGAUGUAACUUGUACAAAUUUCUUAUCACUAGCAUCAGCUGCUGCUGACUAGCUCUGAAGAGUUAUAUUAAAUUGCAUAAAUGACCAUAGCAAUGAAUUCUUUUUAACAUGACAACAUAACUUUUAUUUAAAAGAAAUAAUAAAAAAAUUUUAACCAUCAG